AUGAUUUAAAAACAGAUAUUCAAUCCACCAAAAUCGAUUAGCGAUUUAUUUUUAGGUAGCUAUUUUAAUUUAGAUGAUGUGCCAAAGAUUAAUCGACACCCUAUUUUAAAGAAAAUAAUCGAUCAUAUAAAUUAGCGUAUAAAUCAUUUCUUUCAACAUCAAAUAUCAACAUUGAAAUUCUUAAUUGAUUAACAAAAAUUGAUCGAUUCAUCUAGUACAAGAUCAUCACCGAUAGUAAUUGAUAUAGAAAUUGAUUCAAAUCAAAAAAUCCAAGAAGAAUAAUAAGAGAAAGUGUUAACACAAGAAUCAGAAUUGAUUCAACUAGCUUAAUAUCAACAUCCAACUUAGGAACAAUUGAAUUGUCCAUAUUGUGUUUGUAAGAAGAGUAAUCAGACAGUGUUGAAAUCAUUAGCAUUGAGAUGCGCAGUUUGCAAGAACUAUUUCCAUAGUUCAUGUUUACGAAUUGAGAAGCCUAAGAAAGUGUUUGUGUGUCCAGAAUGUAUAUUAAUAGGAAUAGAUCCAUUACACGAAUUAAAAGAGUCAAUUUUAGACCCUGUAAUAUUCUAAUCAGUGGAAGGGAGGGCAAAUUAGUUUACUCAAAAAUUUCAGAUGAAAAAAGGAAUACCUUCAGAAUAAUUAAUAGAAUUGAGAUCCAUUAAAAUAGAUGGAUAGUAUGAGGAUAUAUCAUGGCCUGAUUUAGGGGAUUUAUAAUUGAAUGGAAAAAAAAUUCAAGAAUUCAGACCUUUAGCUAAUAAUAGUUGCUUGAAAAAAAGAAAGGAUGAAAAAUUGAUGCUUAAUAUUGAAUUGGGACAAGUUAACCUUCUAACUAUAAGAGAAUCGAAUGGAACUCCUGAAAUGAAAGCCUAUCGAAUAAAUUAAGGGAUUCCAUAUAUGUUAGGAAUAUUCCAAGUCAAAGUCUAUAAAUUAAGUGAAUUUAUUAAAAAAGUCAAGAUGGACUAGAGUUGUUUAUUAGGAAUAGAAUAGAGCAAGAAAUUUAUACAAUUGUCAAUAUUAUAAAAUUAAUUUGAUGAGGUGACGAUGGAGAGCAUAAAGGUUAGUUUGGAUUGUGUCUAUGAUCUGAAUUAAAUCUAGACUCCAGCAAGAGGCAAUAUUUGUGAACAUAUUUAGUGUUUCUCAUUAGAAAACCUUGUGACAAUGAUGAAGAAUGUUACUCCCAGGAAAUGGAAAUGUCCAAUUUGUAAAUAGAUGAUUCUUGGAUUGUAGGUUGAUGCAUAUUAAAUGUGCAUCCUUACAAUAAUCAAGCAUUUGUAAGCUGAGUGCUUAAUUCUUUAGGGCGAAGUAGAGAAUCCUGAAUUGAGAGAACUAUUGAAAUAACAAGAAACUACUCUUCCUGACUCUACUCGGAGCAAUAAUAAUCGAGUUAUUCAAUUAGAAUAGAUCUCACAGCGCAUUUUAAAAAUUUCCAAUCAAGUUGUUGCAGAACCCAAAAAUAAAUAUAAACCACCACCUCCAUUACCAGAACCAAAGCCAAUUAAAAAAAUAGGUGAAUCAUUUUCUGAUGCUAUUCUCAUUGAUUGA